UGUAAGUUCCGAUAGUGAAGGGAUUGUAUCAGCUUUCACCGUCGCAAACCUUAAACCCUAAACCUCUCACGCCGCCGUCAACCACCGUGUUCUCACCGGCAGCAUGGAGCGAUCUCAGAAAUCUCACAGGUCUCGUCAAUCCGGCCCCUCCGCCAAGAAGAAAUCCGCUACUGAUAAGAAGAAACGCGAUAUCACCGAAGAGAAGAAGCAAAACCCUAAGGCAUUUGCUUUCAAUUCGACAGUGAAAGCUAAGCGUCUACAGUCGCGCGCUACCGAGAAAGAACAACGCCGGUUACACCUCCCGGCCAUUGAUCGUACCACAGGGGAACCUGCUCCUUAUGUUAUAGUUGUGCAUGGCCCUCCUCAGGUUGGGAAGUCUCUACUUAUAAAGUCUCUUAUUAAGCACUACACGAAGCAUAACAUAUCAGAAGUAAAAGGUCCAAUUACUAUCGUAUCUGGCAAGCAAAGGCGACUACAGUUUAUCGAGUGCCCAAACGAUAUCAAUGGGAUGAUUGAUGCCGCUAAAUAUGCUGAUCUUGCACUGCUGCUUAUUGAUGGAAGCUAUGGUUUUGAAAUGGAGACGUUUGAGUUCCUUAACAUAAUGCAAGUUCAUGGAUUUCCCAAGGUUAUGGGCGUGCUUACACAUCUUGAUAAAUUUAAGGAUGUUAAGAAACUUAAAAAGACAAAGCAGAGGCUUAAGCAUCGGUUCUGGACUGAGAUUUAUGAUGGAGCCAAAUUGUUUUAUUUAUCUGGUCUAAUUCAUGGAAAGUACGUCAAACGGGAGAUUCAUAAUCUUGCAAGGUUCAUUUCUGUUAUGAAGUUUCAUCCUCUUUCUUGGAGAACAUCUCAUCCAUACAUAUUAGUAGAUCGUUUUGAAGACAUCACGCCGCAAGAUAAAAUCUCCACAAAUAAAAAGUGUGAUAGAAACGUGACAUUAUACGGUUAUUUGCGUGGCUGCAACAUGAAGAAAGGAACUAAAGUGCAUAUCGCUGGUGUUGGAGAUCAUAAUGUAGCGGGCCUAACGGGCCUAGCUGACCCGUGCCCGUUACCUUCAGCAGCAAAAAAGAAGGGUUUACGUGACAAAGAGAAGCUGUUUUAUGCACCUAUGUCGGGAAUAGGGGAUUUAUUAUACGAUAAAUAUGCUGUUUACGUAGACAUUAAUGAUCAUUUAGUGCAAUAUUCUAAAGUUGAUGAUGAUGAUACUUCACGAAAAGGAACCGAGAAGGAUGUAGGCGUGGAUCUUGUGAAAUCGCUUCAUAACACAAAGUAUACCGUUGAUGAGAAGUUAAACAAAAGUUCUAUAAACUUAUUCAGUCAAAAAAGUUAUAAUUCAAAAGAAAUUACGAACGGUGAUGAUGAAGAUCAUGAUAAGUUAAUAGAACCUGUGGAGGAAUUCGAUACUGUUGAUUCCGAUGACGAAAGUGAUGACUCAGCAGAGCCUAGAAGCCUUAAAUCAAAUAAUCGUAACAAGACACUUGUGGAAAACAAGAUUGAAGAAGAACGGGAGGUUCAUGAGGGAAGGAUUAGGAGAAAAGCAGUUUUCGGGAAUGAAAGCGAGCUCGAUGAUCAAGAGGCCAGUGAUGACGACAAUGAUGAGGAAACAGAGAAUGAUAACUCAAAUUAUGAAUCAUUGUCAUCUGAUGAAGAGGAAGAAGAAGACGAAGAAGAAGAAGAUAUAGAAGAGAAUAUGGGAAAUGCUUCAAAAUGGAAAGAAUCGUUGGUUGAAAGGACGAUAUCAAGGAAAACCACUAAUCUUAUGCAACUUGUGUACGGGAAGUCCGAAACAAAACCAGAUGAUUCUUCUCAUGAAGACAUCGAUGCUGAUGCAAGCGAUGAGGACGACGAGUUUUUCAAGCCCAAAAGUGAAGGAAAUAAGAAAUCUAGUAAGGGGUUGGAGGGAGAUGAAGUAAAUACCGACGAUAGUUCAAAGUUUACCAACUAUGCUAGCAUAAAGGACUGGAAAGACGGAGAAAUAAUCGAAAGUAUUCGUGACCGUUUCGUCACUGGUGAUUGGUCAAAGGCUGCUCAACGAGGAAAAGCUGCUGAUAACGACAAUGAUGAUGGCGAUGAUGAUGACGAUGGUCCUGUUUUCGGUGAGUUUGAAGACUUGGAAACCGGUGAGAAACAUGAAGGAGAGAAAACAGCGGAUGCUAACAAGGAGACUGACGCUGUUGCCGAAGAACGGAGGCUUAAAAAGCUUGCACUUCGUGCAAAAUUCGACGCUCAAUUCGACGGGUCUGAAUCACCUGACGAGGAUGAUGACAAGAACCACAAAGGCAAGGAUAAAGGUCAAGCUAACGAAGGCGGUUUUCUCGAGAAGUUGAAGGAGGAAGCUGAACUUCAGAGGCAGAGAAAUCUAGCGGAACUCAACGAUCUAGACGAAGCCACACGGUUAGAGAUUGAGGGUUACCGCACAGGAACAUACCUCAGAUUGGAGAUCCAUAAUGUUCCUUAUGAAAUGGUUGAUCAUUUUGAUCCCUUUCAUCCGAUUCUUGUCGGUGGAAUCGGCCUCACGGAGGAAAACGUUGGAUACAUGCAGACGAGGUUUAAGCGACAUCGAUGGCAUAAAAAGGUUCUAAAGAAUAAAGAUCCUAUAAUUGUUUCUAUUGGUUGGAGACGAUACCAAACUCUACCGGUUUACGCAAUUGAAGAUGUGAAUGGUCGUCACCGCAUGCUUAAAUAUACUCCCGAACACAUGCAUUGUCUUGCCAUGUUUUGGGGCCCGCUUGCACCCCCAAACACUGGCGUUGUGGCUGUUCAAAAUUUGUCCAACAAUCAGGCGUCAUUUAGGAUCACAGCAACUGCAGUUGUACUGGAGUUCAAUCACGCUGCAAAAAUCGUUAAGAAAAUAAAGCUAGUUGGCGAACCUUGCAAGAUCUACAAAAAAACCGCGCUUAUUAAAAAAAUGUUCACUUCCGAUCUUGAAGUAGCCCGGUUUGAGGGUGCAUCUAUCCGUACGGUUAGCGGAAUCCGUGGGCAGGUCAAGAAGGCUGGAAAGAUCGAGCUUGGUAAUAAGCCGAAAAAGAUGGGAGGACAACCCGAAGAAGGAAUCGCUCGGUGCACUUUCGAGGACAAAAUUUUAAUGAGCGAUAUUGUUUUCCUGCGUGCGUGGGCUCAAGUUGAUGUACCGAGUUUCUACAAUCCGUUGACUACUGCGUUACAACCACGCGGUGACACGUGGCGUGGUGUCAGAACAGUAGCGGAGUUGAGGCGUAGUUAUAAUAUUCCUAUUCCCGACAACAAAGAUUCCCACUACAAGCCGAUUGAAAGGCCAUUAAAGAAGUUCAACCCGAUUGUUGUUCCGAAAUCAUUGCAAAGUGCGCUUCCGUUCCGGUCAAAGCCCAAGGAAACAAAGUCGUCAAACAGGGACAAAAGAGCGGUCGUACCUGAGCCACAUGAACGCGAUGUUCAUAAACUUGUUCAACACUUACAACUGAUUAGGCACAACAAGUUGAAGCAGCAGAAACUAAAGAAACAGGAGCAGAAGAAGAAGCAUGAUGCAGAGAAAGCGAAGGAAGAGUUGGUUACGAAAAAACGUCAGAGAGAAGAAAGACGAGACAGAUAUCGUACACAAGACAAGCUACAGAAGAAGAUGCGCAGAGAGUGAGUUGCGUGUUAUUUUUUGUCGCGUCUUUCGAGGGUUUACAACAUUCGGAUAAAAUCAAAUGCGGUUUAAUUUUUAUGGUUUAUGCCAAGUUUUGAUUUUGUUGAGUUAGAUAUGAAAGUUCAGUUGAUGAUAUUUUCUUGUAUUACCUGGUUUUGUGGAGUCAAAUUAUUAAACACGGCCCAUAAUUUGUUGCAAUUGGAAACAAAAACAUAAAUAUUUUUCGUUGUAGAAUGGAUGGAGUAUGAAUGAAUUUCUUUAUUUCCCAA